CAACCCCUCACCAAGAUGGCGGCGGCCGCGCGGACGUGGCCGCACUCGGACCGUGGCGCGGAGCGGCCGACUGCGCAUGCGCGGCUGCCGACGGGCCGGGGACCAUGGGCAGGAGGCGAGAGGGGCUGAGCGUGGCUCGGGAGAUUGAUGGACUGGAGGAGAAGCUGGCACGUUGCAGACAGAGCAUGGAGGAGAUGGAUCUUAAACUGCGCAGGGAGAAGCUCAGCCCUGAAGGAAGAAAGUCACUGGAGAGAGAGAGAAACUUACUAAUGACCAAAGCUGACAACUAUGAGAAAGAACUGAGUGCGCUUCGUAAAGAAAAUCGCAAGAAUGCUGCCCUCGCUGUGGCCAUGGGGUUACUGAUUGCUCUUAUUUACGCCUGCUGGACAAUGUGAUUGCACUCAAGCAUUCUCCCUGCUGACCAAAGGACCCUCCUGCAAGGAGCUCUUCCUCGUCUCACCACUCUGCCUCCCCCAAGGGUGAGGAUCAGCAUUUCAAAUAGCUGUUCCUGUUUAUCCUCUCCAAGCCUCGUUGUAGGGAAGCUUUUUCUCUGAGAACUGAGGGGGACAGGAGACAACCCAGAAAUCACAGCACGCUUGCAGCUGGAAUCAGGUCAAGCAGAGCUCAAGGUGGUGCUGUCUUACCCAAAACGCAGUCAAGACCAUCCAGCCUGAAGUAGGAAGGUGAUACCUUCUCCCUUUUGAAGAGGACCUCUGUGGUUGCAGACGAGUGCUCUCUGCUCAGCCUGGUCAGAAUACAUCCCACCUUCUUGGUUCCUGUGACUCAGCCAUAAGCUGAAGGGACACCAAGUUUUAAAGACUCCACCUGUCACCAGAGCUGACUAAACAGAUGUUUUCUCCUCCAAACUAAAUUACAGGACCAAAGGAAUCCUACACCCUCCACCAAACAGGUUAUCUCUUUUUCUCCAACUUGAGAUCUGGGGGCUUGAGCUUUGAGAAAGUCUCCAGUGCGUCAGAGCUUGGUAGACAUUGUGUGCCUCUGAAAAUCAACACUUGCAGAAGAGAAUUUACUGUUAACUCCCAGGGAUGAAUGUGCCCCUGCAGGGCUUUAAAUAAAAUAAUUUGACCUUGUAA